AAUGAAAAUGCAGAAGGGAGCACAGCGGAAAUGGUUUCGCCGAAAGAUUCCGAUACUGGCAUACUUCCAGAAGAAGAUGAGAUCAACGUGGACAAAGAAUAUGAAGAUGACUUGCUAGUAAGGCGCAAUGAUGCCGACCACCAAUCGCAUGUGGUAUAUAUGUUUUGACCAAAAACGCCAGGAGUACAGUUGAACCUAGGCCGGUCAUUCUGUAGUGGUCCAUGGUGGGAUGUGCCAGAAUCAUUGUCAAGGCCCGCAUCAAACGCAGCUGAUGGAAUGAUUUCGAUAGAAACUAUGCCGAAUUUACGCACCGCAAUUGGUGCUACCCCGAAAGACGGCCUUAUAAUAAUCAACAACGGCUGCUUUAAUGACAGUAAAAAUGAUUUUGAGGACAAUCUGGUAAGGUAA